GCCCCUGGAGCUCACCCCGCCAAACUGACCCGAUUUCAAGGCAUUCUUCAGAGUGCCUCCAUCCGACCCCGAGCCAGGUCUCGUGCUUCACACAACAUCCCAACCUCACGUCAGCCACAUUCUUGACACGCUCGCGUUAGUCACAAAACAAUGUGCAAGCACAUCCUCAACGCCCAGGUCGCGAUUCGAUCUCCUUGCUGUACGUCUCUUCGCCAUUGCGCCUCCUGACCACCAUCCCGAGCCAUCCCUCUGAGUCUUAAGUCUUAGGCCGCAAGUGGUUCGACUGCGCCGAAUGUCACGCCGAGCAGGAGAACCAUUCUUUGAUGCAGUCUAUGGAAAUGGUGUUUGCCUGCAAAAAGUGCCGAAAGGUCUUCCGUAAGGACGCGCAGCAAUUUGAGGAAAGCGACGAGUACUGCCCGCACUGCGACAACCAUUUUGUUAUCGAGGCAAAAACACCCCAGGCUGCCCUCUCGGUCGAGAGCGACGACGUACGCGUCAACAACAAGAUGCUCAAGGACGAGCGAACGAGGCAACAGAAGUUGAGGAGCAUUUUCGACCCAGACGAGGAGGCGGAUAAGCUAGGUUGAAGGGUCGCAGUGACGUGCAUUGGAUUUGAUGGGAAGCCACGGCGUUCAGAGUUUCAAUUUACACCUUGGCCGCGGCCUGCAUUGCAUCUUCAAGGACAGACAUUACACGUGUUGAUACAAAAGCGUUAUGAGCAAAUGGUUUCCCAAGGUUUCGCGUC